UAGUCAUAACUUCCAACGCGCCGGGUAUAGCAAUGUUGUUUUACUGGUUCAGCUUUCUUGUGUCCGUGUUUUAUGCAACAUGUGUGUUUGAAACGGUUUCGGCGCAAACAAAGUUCUACGGCAGACUUGUAGGACAACUGAAGACAAACGCACACGGAGUCAAAGGAACCGUCUACGCUGCCAACGAAAACACUUUAUUUAUCGAAGAUUUCGAGUAUGACGGGCAGGGCCCAGAUGCAUUCUUCUGGGGUGAUGAAGCAGAAAAUCCGAGUUCGAAUGGAUUCAUCAUUCCGAAUGAAAAUGGAACGUAUGAUGUGUUGCCAGCAUACCGCGGUAAAAACAUAAUUCUAGUGCUUCCAAGUGGAAAGUCGUUGAAGCAGAUGAAAUCAUUUUCCGUAUGGUGCAGACGACUUUCUGUAAAUUUCGGAAGCGUGGUCAUUCCGACCGAUGACCUGCCUGCUGAGAAGAGUUUAGGUCCUCUGCCGAGUCUUGCUCACGGCGUGAAAUCGAGUGAUGUCGUACUCUUAGAUGCCAAAACCAUUCAUAUAGCGAACCUUUACUAUGACGGAGCGGGGCCAGAUGCUUUCUUCCUCGCUGGUAAAGGGGCUCAACCUCAUAGUCAAGGAAUAAAAAUUCCAGAUGAAGAUGGAAGAUUAGAGAAAUUGAGAGGCUACGAGGGCAAGAAUGUCACGCUCCGUCUGCCAGGAGACACGACUGCGUUCGACAUCGACUGGAUGGGGCUCUACUGCAUUCAAUUUCGGCAGAAUUUCGGUCACGUGAUGCUUCCAGAAAGACCGAACAUUCCCGCGAGCAUGGAAGACUUACAUGCUUUUGCCAAUGAAAGAGAAGAAAUCUUGGAAACGACAAGGAGCCGCUCCGUCCAUGAUUCUCCCAAGUCUUCCAGCCUCAGAGACGGGAAUUACCUAGGCGUCCCCAUCGGAGAGUUCAAAAGCAAUGCACACGGACUGAAGGGCGCCGUCUUUGCCGCUUCGGAUAACACGUUCUACAUAACGGACUUCAGCUAUGACGGCGAAGGACCAGAUGCCUACUUCUGGGCGGGAACGACGGAGCAGCCGUCACCUGAUGGUUUUAUAGUUCCCGAUGAGUUUGGCACCAAACAAGUCCUCGGGAAAUACUCGAACCAGAAUAUCGCCAUCACUCUUCCAGAUGGUAAAAAAAUUUCCGACAUCAAGUGGCUGAGCGUCUGGUGCAGGAAGUUUGCAGCGAAUUUCGGAUACAUUAUAAUCUCUGAUGACAUCCAACUUCCGAAAGAAGCUGAUUUGGGUCCAUUAAGCUCGCUUGCACACGGAGUUCGAUCUGGCAGUGUGAUCAUAAAAGAUGCCAAAACCAUCCACAUAUCAAACCUACAUUACGAUGGCGCUGGUCCAGAUGCUUUCUUUUUGGUCGGAAGAGGGGAAGCACCCCACCCUGCUGGUACUAAAGUUCCAGAUGAAAAUGGCAGAAUGCAGAAACUACACGGAUACAGUGGUGAAAGUAUCGAAAUAAGGUUGCCAGACGAAUUAACCAUAUUCGAUUUUGAUUGGUUCGCCCUUUACUGCAUAGCUUUCCAACAGAAUUUCGGACAUGUUCUCAUCCCGAAAGACCUCAACGUACCUGCCGACUUGCAAACACUCCUAGCAGGAUUCAGAAAGGAAAUGAAAUUUGACAACUGUGAAGAACUGUUCCCGGGUGUCUUGCUCGUAAGCUGGAAAAUACAGGGGCAUGACCUCUUUUUGCAGUUGGCGGGACGUGCAGAAGAGAACGAGUACCUUUCAUUCGGACGCAGCGGCAAUGAGGACCGUGCCGCCAUGGUCGGUGCAGACGUUGCUGUGGCGUUUUUCGACGCAGAGACAAAGAAAGCCAAAGUAGUGGAUUAUUACUUGAGUGCCAAAUCACAGUGCUCUCAACAGAGCGGAGCUUGUCCGGAUCAGAAAUUAAGGGGCGAAGAGAACACGGAACUCCUAGCCUGGGAAAGAAAAGACGGGAUUUUCACAGUCACCUACAAGAGGCCUCUUGGUUCUUCUGACGGACAGGACCUUUCGAUUCCAGUAUCCAUUCCGGUGUCUGUGGUGGCUGCAAUAGGACCACUGAAUAGUCAAAAAGAAACUGCCUUUCAUACGCAUUAUUACACAAAAGAUGCCAAAAAGAUACACUUCGGUCGUAGUCCUCCCCAAGACCGAUGUAAUCCUUUGAAAACCAUGACGACGUCGAAACCAAGCUCUUGGCUUCCUCUGAAAAUUGCGGGCCCUACUACGUUCAGAGCUCAGAUAGGGCCCACUGGAGGUGACAAAGGUUACACAGCCAUCACAGGUGCACAGUCUUGGGGCAUAGCUUGGUGGAUGAACGGCCUUCUCAUCCCCGAGUUAACAGUCCGCAGGGGCACUAACUAUACCUUCAUCGUAGAAGGAGGAGAUGAUGUCACCAACUCGGCUGCCUACCACCCCCUUUACAUCACCAACAAUCCAGAAGGGGGAGGUGGACAAUUUUUGGAUCAGCUAGGUUUGUCGAACCACACUGUGUAUGCUGGAAUUUUCGUGGAUGCCAGUGCAAAAAUAGUACCAACCGGUGUGGGACGGUACUGUGAAUGGAAGCACAAGAGCAUCGAUAAAUCUGAAGAAUCGGAAACUUUCGAAGAAUUCAAGAACACGCUUCGAUUAGAUUGCCGCGAUGGACAUCCGGGAAUGUUCUUUUGGGUUCCGGACGAAAACACGCCGGAUCUGGUCUAUUAUCAAUGUUUCACGCACCGGAACCUUGGAUGGAAAAUCAACGUGGUGGACGCCGAUGCGAAAAUUGUCGGUGUCAUGGAACAUCUGAGCAACAGCGAAAUGCCCAACUCUGCGACUGUAACUUCGUUUUCGACGGCCAUCUUGCUUGCGAUUAGCACGCUCAUUUGGAUUUGAUUACCCUCCUCUGAAAAGUAGUUCCUGGGGGAAAUUUUUAUGUUUUUUCCGAAAAACAAAACCUUGAUUCAUAGUUUAGGGGCCAUUCAUUAAUUACGUAAGGGUCUCGAGCGAGAGAAGUUGGAAAAACCUCUACAUACCCUUACUUGGGGGGGGGGGGGGGCAAACCUAUUCUUACGUAAUAUUUUCUAAGUCAAUAUUUUAUAUUAGAAAUCACGCGGGCAAGUGGUUUGGUAUGGAUCAUAUUUCAUUUGCAUCUGGAAGGUAAAAAAAUAUUAGAAUGAGCUGUUUUUUACUUGUUUUACAAAGAAUGAAUAGUCGUAAAAUAUAAUGAAAUAAUCGCACUAUGUAUGGCAGGUUAAUUUUAAUAUACUUAAUUUUAUACACUUUUAAUUAAUAUUUCUUUACACAGAAAGGUUUUCCAAAAUACUUUAUUAACAGUGGAUAUUUAAUAACGAUGUAAGAUUCGUUAUUUUAUUAUUUUGAAAAACGAAAUGGAAUCUUACGUAAGGUUAGGGGGGAGGGGUUUGGAAAACUUUACGUACCCUUACAUGGUGGUAGGGGGUCAAAAAUUGCCAAAAUAAUCUUUACGUAAUUAAUGAAUGGCCCCUUAUCUGUCACUGAUUCCACGUGAAAUAUGAUGGCAACAAAAUACAUUUGUCGUAAUGACCGUCUAUGGAUGUUAGCAAAAAAGUUUCAAUUAAGUAAAAAAUGGAAAAUACACUCCUGUCAAAUUAUGGUCACAAACAUGUUGUGGAAGAGAAUAUUCGACGUAUGAACUGGCCCUCGAGCUCUCCGGAUCUCAAUCCUAUUGAACAUGUUUGGGAUGGUCCGGAAGAGCCGUUGCGUAAUGUAAUAUAAAUUAGAUUUAAAUUUAUGUGAUAAAAUGAACAUAAGCUGAAAGUUUUACCUUAUACCUUGGCGACAUUUUCGUUUCCUUCUUUUUUUUAGGUUUGCUAAUAUUAUCAUUCUUUUCAUCAUUUUAUUUAUUUGUUAUUAUUAUUUGGUGUCUGUGUGUGUGUGUAUUUUUUUUUUUUUUAAAUCAGCUACGAGAAAUAGUGAAUCAAGGUUUUAUUGUGGAAACAAGAUGUAUUUUUUGAAAUUUCGUUAAGAGUUCAUUGAUGUAUUGCUUUUUAAACCAUGAUGAAGUUGUGCCAGAAAACAUCAUUUGUGUACAUUGGUGAAUGAAAAUCUUAUUCAAAAUAUUCGUUCAUUUUAAAUUAAUUGGAAUCAAUAUGUUUAAUUAAACUUUUCUUCCAGCAUUAAAUAUUUUUCUGUCACUUCACAAUAUUCAAACUUAACAGGAACUUUUCGCAUAAAGUAUAAUACUGGUUUCGAUGUUCACAUAAAACUUUUUACUAUAAAUUUACAUUGCAUUGAAUUACUUGGAGUUCUUAGAUUAACAUUUAUGAUAAAAUAUUUUGAUUACAGAUUAUCGACGGUUAUGUUGUUAUGCUAAAACUUUUAUCAAACCCGUAAAUUCAUCCUUUGCUGCUUUUAACAAGACUGUUCAAAGUUUUUUUCUUGAAUAUUAAUGAAGUGAAAAUCAUUUUGAAAUUCCAUUCAAACUGAAGCAACUUUUUAAUUUUGAGUAAAAUGUAGCCUUUAUAAUUUUUAGGUCACGUAAUGUAAACUAAUUGUAACGUCACCAAGUCUCUCCUUUAAUUCGAGUAUCUUAUGUCGAACCCGAAGUAGUUAUGGCACUUGCAAAAAAUAAAAGUAUAUGCUCAUAAUUAGUUUUUAAGCUUAUUUAAGGUCAUUUCAUUCAAGCAUUUUAUUAUGCAUAAAAAAUAAAAAGAAAAGCGCAGUCUUUAUUAACUUUCAGCAAAUAUGUACUGGCCAAAAACAAAUUCGACAAAAUGCAUGAAAGCUCAUUUUUAAAAUAAAAUUUGUUAAAAACAGAUCGAUUUAUUAGCUAAUAAUUUUUCUGUUUCUAAAAAUGUACAUUAAACAAGCUUAGAAAGAUAUUUCUUAACGUUUUGAUCGAAAAAAUGUAAAAAUUGGAAAUUCAGCUCACAUAUUUCAAACAUUCCAUUGCGCCAUUUUCAUCAAAAAAUUGUUGUUCACAGUGUUUGAAUUUUUCAUGAAAUUUUAGUGACAUGUAUCGUUGUAUAAGUAAGUCCUUGGUUUUACAUAAUUCAUUUGAGAGAUGAUACUCUGGGAAAAUGCCAGAAGUUUAAAAUCUGUGUUGAAAAUGUUUUUAUACAUAUUUUUAAAUACGUUCGAUUUUGUGUUUUUUCAUCAAAAGCAUCAUUUAGCCUCCUUUUUGUUCAACACUGAGAUCCUUAUUGUGAUGUUAUUUUUAAGACAAACACGAAUCAAAAACUUUUUAUUUAAAAUAUGCUUCUUGUUUAUUGUAAUGUUUUCUUGCCGUUUCAAGUGUAACGUUCACAAUGUGAAAAUAAUAAAUUAUUGUUCUUGA